AAGCGGAUGGUUCAUCAGUCAUUUUCUCAGUUACUAUUUUCAUUGAUUCAGAGAGAGAGAAAGAGAUGGGCGUGGAAAUUGUGCAGCCAAACACUUGCUUCAGAGGCUGUUGCAGCAGCGAAUCAAUUCCUCUUUGUCUUCCUUCUUCUUUCUACUCUCUCCUUUCCCCAAUCGCCCGAGGGGCGGAGAGCGUUGUUUAUGAAGCUUGUUUGGAUGGGAAGAAAGUUGCUGUCAAGAAACCCAUCUUGUCUACUUCUCAAGACAUUGAUAAAUUCCACAAGGAGUUGCAACUCUUAUGCAAGCUAGAUCAUCCGGGGAUAGCGAAACUAGUUGCGGCACACGCAAAGCCUCCAAAUUACAUGUUCUUCUUUGAAUUCUAUGAAUCUGGCAAUCUUGCUGACAAACUACAUGUGGAAGAAUGGAGCCCGGGUAUCGAUCAGGCUCUCAUGAUCACCGUCCAGUUAGCAAGAGCUCUGCAAUAUCUACAUAACCUUGGGAUUAUACAUAGGGAUGUGAAACCAGCAAAUGUUCUUCUUGACAAAAAAAUUUACCCACACCUGGCAGAUUUUGGUUUGGCAGAAUACAAGGCAGAUCUGAAACAAGUUUCCACUGAAAAUUGGAGAUCAUCUGGAAAGCCAACUGGUGGCUUCCAUAAGAAGAACAUGGUUGGGACACUAAUUUAUAUGGCACCUGAAAUAUUGAGGAAGGAGAUACAUACUGAAAAAUCAGAUGUAUACAGUUUUGGAGUAUCAAUUAAUGAGCUACUUACUGGUGUUGUGCCAUAUACUGAUCUUCGAGCAGAAGCUCAGGCCCACACUGUGCUCGAAAUGAACUACACUGAACAGCAACUUACAGCAGCUGUGGCAUCUGAAGGAUUGCGACCAGUUCUUGCUGGCUUGGAGUCAGCUGCACCAGAAAGGUUACUGUCAUUGAUACAGAGGUGUUGGGACGUGAAUCCCCAAAAUAGGCCUUCUUUUGAUGAGAUAGUAAUGGAACUUGAUCCAAUAUUGGAGCACAGGAAGACAGUAAAAGAGAAGGAAAAUAUCCUUGGAGAACCUUCUAUUUUUCCUGCUGACCAGCACAUAAAUGAUGCCACUAAUCUUCGAACAUACCAGGAAAGCAUUAACUGGCUUGCUCAGGGGGAAAAUUUUUCCAAGAUAGCUUCUUCUGUAGCUGAUUCUGGUGUUGAAAUGUGGUUUGAUUCUUCAAAUGAUCCUUUAACAUACCAUCCAAUACUAUCUUGGGGAUCCUUCGCUACGUGCGGGAGGAGGGAGACCAUGGAGGAUACUCACUUUCUUAUGCCCAAUAUGUUCAAUGAGGAAGAUAUCCAUGUUUUUGGUAUCUUUGAUGGUCAUCGAGGUGCAGCAGCGGCUGAGUUUUCAGCUCGGGCUCUUCCUGGAUAUUUGAAAACUCUGGGUUCCAGAAGCAGUCCUGCUGAUGCACUAUUGGAAGCAUUUGUGAAAACAGAUGUUGCAUUUAGGAAUGAACUGGAUUCCUGUCGUAAAUCUAAGGGAGUUAUUCAGAAAGACUGGCAUCCUGGUUGCACUGCAGUUGCUGCCCUAAUAGUUAGAAACAAGCUUUUUGUUGCUAAUGCUGGUGAUUGCAGGACAAUCUUAUGUCGAGCUGGCUGUGCUUUUGCUUUAAGUAAGGACCAUGUGGCGAGCUGUCUUGAGGAGCGAGAACGUGUUACCAAUGCAGGGGGACAAGUCAAAUGGCAAGUUGAUACAUGGAGGGUUGGUCCUGCUGCUCUUCAGGUUACACGUUCCAUAGGUGAUGAUGAUCUGAAGCCUGCUGUAACUGCAGAACCUGAGAUAACUGAAACUAUUCUGUCGGUGGAGGAUGAAUUCCUGGUAAUGGCAAGCGAUGGGCUCUGGGAUGUUGUGAGCAAUGCAGAGGUUGUGAGCAUAAUCAGGGACACUGUUAAAGAGCCUGGAAUGUGCUCCAAGAGAUUGGCAACCGAAGCAGCUGAACGUGGUAGCAAAGAUAACAUCACUGUCAUCGUCAUCUUCCUGCGCCCAGUUUCUACGGCAGAAAGAAUUUACUAGGUUGAUAUCAAUUACUUCUGGAUUGAAGUUGUCAGGCUCAGAGUAGAUGGAAUGAAACUGGUACGCAGUCUAUUACAGAUUUGUGUGAUUUAUUUUCAUACUGGGAAUUCAGCAUUUCUUAAGCAUGUAUCCAUUCACUGCAUAGGAGGUUAAGGUUGGUGUAGAUUGUUAGAUGGAUGUCAGAAUUUGCCUUACCAUCGCCAAACUCAAGCCACACCAACAUGGUUUAUUAUUCUACUACCUAUGUCAAAUCCAUUUAUGACCUUUAAUGUAAUAGUUUUCAAUUUUUAAAUAAAAUUAGUCCAA